AUAAAUAUUAAUUAGUAUUAUUGUUUUUGCUGAAUUAAGAAGCGAAUGCUCCAAAAUGUAUGAAGCUGUAUCGUUUUUUUGUAAGUCAGACACUUGAGUAGAGUUGUUUUAGUUGGAGAUGUAAUGCUUUAUCUUUUUCAUUAUCAUGCUUAUUCAAAAUGGAUAGUUUUGUUUCCACUUAUCAGAGGAAAAACAACCAUUUGUGCCCGCUUUCUUUACGUUAUUAUUUUAGUGGCUAGGCCACGUGCAAUCACAAAGUACCUCAAGCCUUACGUCCUGAAGAUGCACUUCACGAACAAGUUCGUGAACGUGCAGGUAAUCCACACGCCAACUGCCACAGUAACUGCUUCUGCUAGUUCGCAGGAAAAAGUCUUGAGAGAAUGCAUGGAAACUACACGGGAUGUGGCUGCUGCUGCAAAGAUUGGGAAGAUAUUGGCAGAAUGCCUGCUAAUUAACAACAUCCCCGCUGUGACAGUCCACUUGAAGAGAGAACAAAGAUAUCAUGGUAAGGUUAAAGCUGUGAUUGAUUCUGUGAGGGAAGGAGGUGUCAAGCUUAUCUAGAAUUUAAAAGGGAAAAAAAUAUUGGAAAAUAAUUUUGAAUCUGCUUAAGAAACUGUACCCUAGUAGCACUGCCCUAUUUUCUCGGAAAAAAGACUGAAAUUUUCUAU